AAAUGAAAAGGCGCAACGGUUUGGUUAUUUAAACUCCACGAAUGCAGCUUCCAUUUCUCCACUCCUUCCAAUUCCAACUCUCUCUCUCUCUCCAAAAACAGUUGUCUUGUAAUUGUGAAAUAUUCUUAGCCCUAUUUCGGUAAUUUCCUCUCUUAGUAUGGAGUACAGUCAGGUUCAUCAAACACCAAAAUACGACUGCCUUCUCUUUGACCUUGAUGAUACCCUUUACCCAAUCAGUGCUGGUCUAGCCACGUCAGUACUUAAGAACAUUCAAGAUUACAUGAUCGAAAAGUUGCGUAUAGAAGAGAGUAAAAUCGACGACUUGUGCAAUCUACUGUAUAAAAACUAUGGCACCACAAUGGCAGGUCUCAGGGCAAUUGGCUAUGAUUUUGACUAUGACGAGUAUCAUAGUUUUGUACAUGGGAGAUUACCUUAUGAAAAUUUGAAACCUGACCCUGUUUUGAGAAGCCUUUUGUUGAGCUUACCAAUGCGCAAAGUGAUCUUCACAAAUGCUGAUAAGAUACACGCUGUCAAAGUGUUGCGUAAACUUGGGCUAGAAGGCAUCUUCGAAGGGAUAAUCUGCUUCGAGACUCUAAAUCCAACUCACAGAAGCACUGCCUCCGAUGACGAGGACGAUAUCGAGUUUGUGGGGUCCACGACACAUGAACCACCACCGCCUCGUUCGAACGAAAUAUUCGACAUCAUUCGACAUUUUUCACAGACGAAUACUAAUGUAGGUUCAUCUGGACUGCCAAAGACACCAAUUGUCUGCAAGCCUUUAGAAUCUGCCAUCGAAAGGGCUCUUACAAUCGCCAAUAUCGAUCCACAUCGAACGCUGUUCUUUGAGGACAGUGUCAGAAACAUCCAGUCGGGAAAACGCCUCGGAUUGCAAACUGUGCUCGUUGGUAAAAGCCAGAGAGUGAAAGGAGCCGAUUAUGCGUUAGAAAGUAUUCAUAAUCUGAGGGAAGCGAUACCGGAGCUUUGGGAUGAACUUGCGGAAGCUACUAAUAACUACUCCGGGGUUUCUGUAAUGGAGACUUCUGUCAUUAGCUUUGCUUGAUUUAAUUAAUUAAUUCACCUUUUUUUAUUGUAUUUUCUGUUAUUAAUACUUGCAUGGUAACUAGUUGUAUUAAUUCAUUCCGAUCCUCUGAGCAACUCUUCCUUCUAUCGGAUUAUGUAACUUCCCUUUUUCCUUUUUCUUGUUAUCUAAAAUAAAUAAAUAAAGAAUUUUCUCGUCGAAAA